AUGGGAAUUUGCACAAAUAAAUAAUAUACAUAGAAUAAUGAUCCACCUUAAAAUCAUAGAUAGAAUAGAUUAUAUUUGAAUUAUCAAUAAUUAGCAAAUAUCAAUCAUCCUUUGAAUGUUAAUCAUAAAUACAACAAUUAUUUCUAAAUAAUACCAGAGAGUACAGUAGGUAAGGGAAUCAAAAUGACCAAUCAAUAUACUAGUAGAUUAAGUAGAGAAGAAUGGUUAGAAAAGAGAAAAGAAUUUUGGGGUAGCAUUUUAUGUGUAAUUUAAAGAAUCAAGAGUAGAAGGUGAGAAAGUCUAUUGGUAAUCAAUCUAAAAAGCAAUUGAAGAACCAGAUGAAGGUAUAAUCAUUAAUAUUUAGCAAAUGUAUAAGCAAUUCUUAAUGCAUGUGAUCUAAAAUUGGUUAAUAAUUCCAUUUAAUUAUUGUAUGAUAAUUCAAUGCAUAAAUAUGAUGUUCCUGUUUUUAUGAUUAAUGAACCUUAAUCAUUCCCAUAAACCAAAUUUUGUGAUGCUGGUUUAAUACAAGAUUUUUAAGAAACGGAAUUAAAAGUAAAAUGUUUGUUAAAGUAAUCUAUUUGUAGAUUAAAGUACGUUCAAAUAAAUUACCUUAAGAUUUUGAAGUUCUUACUCACACAAACCAAAGCAUCGCAGAAUUAAAGACUAAAGUUUAAGAAUCUGCCCCCUAAUCUGAAUAAUGUAGAUUAUUUUUCAAAGGUAGAGAGAUGAAAAAUCAUCAUCUAAUUGGAAAUUAUUAACUUAAAGACGGAGAAGUAUUCUACUUACUAUUUUGUAGAUGGUCCAAGCCUUUAUGUGAUAUUACUUAUUAACAAACAAUAUUUAAUUUAUUAUGGCAUUAAUUCAUAAUCAAAAUGAUAUAUA